AAUUUUUUUGGAUCUGUACUAAAGUUUAUUUUUUAUUUUCCUUUUACUUCCUUCACUAGUCGAAAAACAUGAGAGAUGAGACAGAGACAGAGGGUUGACGGAAAAAAUAGGAAACAACAAAAGUGGCAUCAACCUAAUCCCCUGCCUCGCAGAUCCACUCAGGCAGCAGAAUGGAGGGAAGUGGAGGUGGCGCUGCUUCUUCGUCUCCACCUGUGGCUAAAUAUUUAAACGACUUCUCCAAGCUGUUUCAAUACUAUCUCGAUAAAUCUACUCCCCAUUCUGUGUACCGAUGGAUUGGGACUUUGGUCAUUGCAAUCAUCUACGUUUUGCGAACUUUUUAUGUGCAGGGAUUUUACAUUGUUUCUUACGGCCUCGGAAUCUACCUUCUCAAUCUCUUGAUCGGUUUUCUCUCCCCGUUGGUUGAUCCUGAGCUCGAUCCCUCCAACGCCCCUAUGCUUCCAACCAAAGGCUCCGAUGAGUUCAAACCCUUCAUUCGUCGCCUCCCUGAGUUCAAGUUCUGGUAUUCCUUCACCAAGGCUCUCUGCAUAGCCUUUGUAAUGACCUUCUUUUCCGUAUUUGAUGUUCCUGUCUUUUGGCCCAUAUUACUCUGUUACUGGUUUGUUCUCUUUGUCCUUACAAUGAGGCGCCAAAUUGCACACAUGAUCAAAUACAAAUAUAUUCCCUUCAACUUGGGGAAGCAGAAGUAUGGCAGUAAGAAAUCUUCUGCAGGUAGCAGUGGCUCUCGGGCAGACUGAUACUUGGCUCUCAUGAUUUGAAUGUCUGCUUAGGUUAGGUUUUGAGAACAUUCAGGCUAGUUAAUUUCCCCUCUUUUUUCGUAAAAACUUGUAUUCAUGGCAUUAUGGAUGCCGGUAUGCACAGUGUGCAGUUACAGAAAAUCUUAAACGUCCACUCGUUGUUAUAUUAUACAUAUUAUACCUGAAGUGAAGAUGUGCUAAUAUUGGCAGUGAAUUUCAUUGUCACUACACAUGUAUUCAUUGGAUUUUCUUGUAAAUCUCAGCCUGUAUUGUUAAUUUUUUA